GUUGUUGAAUUGGUUUGUUUAAUGCAGGGUAAGCGCGUCGGAAUCUAGCCAAAAUCAGUGAAUUUUAGCCAUAUAACCAUUUUAAAGUAGUUUAAAAGUAUAGCAUCAUGUUUAUACUUUAUGAAACACCAGCAGGCUAUGCCAUCUUCAAGCUGCUGGAUGAUAACAAAUUUAAGGAGAUCGACAAUCUGUACCUGGAGUUCGAAACUCCGGAAAAGGCGAGCAAGAUCGUUAAGUUAAAGCAUUUUGAAAAGUUUGCCGACACAACGGAAGCUCUCUCGGCCGCAACUGCCGCUGUUGAGGGCAAACUAUCGAAGUCGCUGAAGAAAGCGCUCAAGAAGUUGGUGGUAGAUGAUGUACAGAACCAGUUGCUCGUUGCCGACGCCAAGCUUGGUAAUGCGAUCAAAGAAAAGCUUCCGUUACAGUGCGUUGCAAAUACAUCGGUGCAGGAACUGAUGCGUUGCAUCCGCACACAGUCAGAAAGCUUGCUGUCUGGGUUGCCGAAGAAGGAGAUGACGGCCAUGUCACUUGGAUUGGCCCAUUCGCUUUCCCGAUACAAGCUUAAGUUCUCACCGGACAAGAUCGAUACGAUGAUCGUGCAGGCCCAAAGUUUGUUGGACGAUCUGGAUAAGGAGUUGAACAACUACAUGAUGCGAGUGAGGGAAUGGUACGGUUGGCACUUCCCAGAGUUGGGAAAGAUUUUGACCGACAACGUAGCAUACGUGAAGGUUAUCAAACUAGUCGGCAUGAGAGACAACAUUGCGGACACAGAUUUGUCCGACAUUUUGAUGGAUGAGCUUGAGCAGAAGGUAAAGGAAGCGGCUGAGAUAUCAAUGGGUACGGAAAUAUCGGAGGAAGACAUUACUAACAUACAAAGUCUCUGCGAUGAGAUCAUCUCGAUCAAUGAAUAUCGUUCACAUUUGAGCGAUUAUCUGAAGGCACGCAUGAUGGCUAUGGCACCUAAUUUAACCGUCCUUGUCGGAGAAACCGUAGGCGCUAGAUUAAUUGCACACUCCGGGUCGUUGGUAAAUUUGGCAAAGCAUCCUGCCUCUACGCUUCAAAUUUUGGGUUCCGAAAAGGCACUGUUCCGUGCGCUGAAGACAAAGAAAGAUACACCGAAGUAUGGUCUUAUCUAUCACGCCAGUAUGGUGGGUUCUGCCAGUAUAAAAAAUAAGGGACGUAUUUCACGAUCAUUGGCUGCCAAAGCUUCACUGGCCACGCGUGUGGAUGCAUUCGGUGAUGAUGUAACAAUGCAGCUGGGUAUUGACCAUAGGGCGAAGCUAGAAAUCAGACUCCGCAUGCUGGAAGAAGGCAACAGUACAAGACUGUCCGGCGUAAAGGCGAAGGCAAAGCUGCAGAAAUUCCACGCCGUCAGCGAGGUGAAAACAUUCAAAGUCGCAACCGACAGUACGCUACCGUCUUCCUCUUCUAAGAAAGUAAAAGCAGAUGAUGAAGCUGCAAAUGCACCCUCGCCGAAGAAGAAGAAAGUAGUACAGGAUAUUGAUAUGGAGGAAACUCCAGAGGUCGAAGUGGGUGAAGGAUCCGCUACAAAAAAGAAAAAGAAGAAGGAAUCCGUCGAAGAGAAAGAACCCACAGCUGCUGAAGAACCCGAACUGGACGAUGGUUCCACCAAGAAGAAGAAAAAGAAGAAGGGCAAAGGCGAAUCGGAACAACCGGCCGAUGAAAGUAUGAUGGACGAAAGUGUCGAAACGCCUGCGUCCGGAAAGAAGAAUAAAAAAUCGAAAACAAAGAAAGUCGCGGAAGAAGAGGAUGAGUAAAAAAACAUGCAGCGAUAAAAGUUGGUAAGAUUUUAAAAGUUUCGUAAUAGUUAUACAUACUCUUGGCGUUUGUUCUAUGGGUAAUGUAGGAAAAGAGGUUGUAUUCCUAUUACUCAACCUUUUGUCGCUCCUUUGUCAAAUGGGUGUGUGCGAAGGAAAGGCAAUGCAGGGCAGUGCUACAUUUUGUCCAUCAUUUUUUAUUUUCCAUCACACUCUUUGGUGUGUAUGGCCAACCGACUCGAUUCGAUCAUGCCUGUCUGGAUAUCGUUGAUUCUUUUGUAGGCAAUAUUUACUACCCGUUCAUGGGUAAAAUAGAUAAGCCGCAUAUUGUCAGAGUGAGUAGAUAUUAGGCAGGUCAAACAAUAGCAGAGUUUCAGUCAAGUUUUUAACUUACUUAACUCGCAGAUUUGAUUGAAAUCUAUGUGAGACGUUUUUACCAUUCAGCCACUCUCACUAUUUACACUACAAACGCGGUGUAAAAGAAUACAGUUGUUAGCAUUAUCUGUAGAAGUAGUUAUAAAUCUUCUGUACCGUUUAACAUAA